GUAACAAGCAAUUUUAUAACCUAAGCAUUAGAUGUGUGGACAUUGAGAUAAUAAUAAUACGAUGAUAAAUUAACAGUUCGAGCGAAAAUACUCUGUAUCGACAUUUAGUGCUGAUGGAAAGAUUAGCGAAGAUAUAAUAUAUCAAAUAUUCAUGCAUGUGUCGCCGAUGUUAAAAAUGAAAUAUUAACCAAGAAUCGUCGCAUUUAAUCUUAUCAAUAACUUUGUAAAGUCAUCGUUCUUUUACAACACUGUUCUAAUCACGAUGCGAGGUUUAAUCGAUCAAUCUUGCGAUUUUGAUCUGAAAUCGUAGUGAGGGAAAUCAUCGCGGAACAAAGAGCACACAAACGAAAUUUUUUUAGAAGAUUUUCUUGAAAAAGAUUGUUGUGUAAGAUGGAAACUGUGAAAUACUAUGCGAAUUUCAUAGAUCCUCACUGGAUUACUGUAGUAGCAACAGGUUUAUAUACUCAUUUGCGACAAAUCUGCAUAAUUGGUUUGUGUUUUGAGGAGGAAAACGCUUUGCCUUUCGAUCCAUCAUACGCGUCGGUACUAUUUGUGUUCUCAGUUUUGUGCCUACUAGCGGAAUACAAACUAUGGCCUAUAACUCUUAAAGAACCACCAAUCCAGCUGUUAUACAUUUACGAAAUGUUAAUAGCUGCAUUGAGCACGAAUUUGGCAAUCCAUAUGGUAUGGAUACCAAUGAUGCAUGUAAUUUUCUGUCUAACUCAAGAAUCUAGUAAAUGGUUGUUAUGGUUGAAUAGUACUAUAGGUCUGGAUAGCUAUUCUUGGUUAACUUUCUUUGCGGAUUACAUGGCUAGAGACUACGCAGCCACGUACAUGGCAUUUUGCAUGUCAUUAUUGUCUUUUGUGUGGAUGCUAGACGCCACCGAAUCACUGGACACAUUUCUGGAUACGUGGAGCAAGUAGUGAAUUCUGAAAACUUCAAAUCUUAUCCGCAAAAUUAUCCGACAUACGUGUACAGUUCACGAAGGCAAGACAUCCCAAACGCAAAAAGGUUACCUUCAGCAAUCCUGAAGUGACUCAAUCAUUCUUUUAUAGAUUCUGUCAGAUGAAUCCUUUUACGAUAAAUUUUAGAAAUCAUA